AUGAGGAGAGGAAGAGGCUCUUCCGCCGUCGCCGGACCAACCGCCGUCUCCACCGUCAUCAACGGAUCUGUUAAAGAAACGCAACAACGUUUCAGAGGCGUUCGGAAGAGACCUUGGGGACGUUUCGCCGCCGAGAUCCGUGAUCCAUGGAAAAAAUCACGUGUUUGGUUAGGUACUUUCGAUUCCGCCGAAGAAGCCGCACGCGCUUACGACUCCGCCGCUCGUAACCUCCGUGGUCCUAAAGCCAAAACCAAUUUCCCCAUCGAUCCUUCCUCUCCUUCUCCCAAUCUCCGGUUCACAGCUUUCCCUAAUACCGUGAAUCAAAACCAAAACCAAGUCGAUCCGUUCAUGGACCACCGGUUAUACCCCGGAGAUAACAAUAAUAACAACCAACAGUUUCAUCCCGUUGUUAACCGGCCUACGACUAGCAGCAUGAGCAGCACCGUCGAAUCGUUUAGCGGACCGAGACCUACCGCGGCGAAACCGGUGACGACGGCGGCUAAAAGGUAUCCUAGAACUCCGCCUGUAGUACCUGAGGAUUGUCACAGCGACUGCGAUUCGUCGUCGUCUGUUAUCGACGACGACGAUAUCGCUUCGUCGUCGAGGCGGAGGANAAUUGGUCUUCUUAUAUAUUGGAACUACCUCCUCCACUUUCCUUGUUUCCCUUUCUUGUAG